UCCACGCUGACCCAUCCGGUGUCGGCACUUCCUGACUGCCUGCCUGAGAAAGCACCUAGCGACUCACCUGCCUACCUGUGCAUUCACCUACCUGCUCGUCUACUCACCUGCCUCUUCACCUGCCUACCUGUGCAUUCACCUACAUGUGCAGUUGCCUACCCACCUCCCUACCGACCCAUCCCUUUGUUCACCCGUAAACUGCACGGCUUCCUACCUAUUGCCUACCUGCUCACCAGAAGACAUGCUCUCCAGGCUCACCCGGCAGUAUUCGCACAUGAACAGCUGGUGAUCUGGACAGCUACUCACCAGCCAGAGGAGGGUGGGGGGCUGGAGGGAGAUUGGGGAGAGGUGAGAUUCCGGACCCCCCCACCACCAACACCACCUCUCCCCAGGUGAGAUGCGACCUUCUGCGAGUUGAUGAUGCCUGCGUCUGCUUGGAAUGAAUCGUGACCACGGGAAUCGCCCAACCUCUUCGGUGUCCCACGGAGAACGACUCGAUUAGAGAUAAGAGAGGGAGGUGGAGGAGCAGGAGAGGACGGCGAUGAGUGGAGACACACGCAGACUCGGCUGACGCCAAGAGACUCGGGAACAGGGGAGACAGGACAGCACCGUCGAGACCAAGACAUCAGACUCAUCGACAAGAAGAUUCUGGCACGAGAAGAUUCCGAGACUCGGGUGCGAGAGACAAGGAGGCUCUUAGGUCAAAGGCAAAUUGUGAGACAAUUCCGACUCUCCGCCACUGGGACACGGAGCGCACACGCACAGAGAACGCCCUACACGGGGGGGAGGGAGGGGGGUGACGGUGUCACUCGCUCGCUAGCGGGUGGGAGCCAUGGACGCGAGCGGGGAGCCGCUGCCCUACUACUUUGGCCACGUGGGCCGCGACGAGGCCGAGGGCCACCUGCGCGCCGCCGGCUUCGUCGAGGGCCUCUUCUUGCUGCGCAAGAGCACAAGCACGGUGGGCGGCCUGGUGCUGUCCGUCGUGUGCAGGGGCCGCGUGCACCACUACGAGGUGGAGCCGCGCCCCUACGACACGGGUCCAGGUCUGGAAGGGCGCGGGUGCGGCAUCGACGGGGGCCGUACGCACGCGGGUCCCGCGGAGCUGUGCGCACACCACGAGCACGGCGCCGACGGACUGUGCUGUCCCCUCGCGGCGCCCUGCCACCGUCCCGACGGGACCCCCCCGCGCAGCGGAUACUUCGAGGACGUCAAGGACCAGACGAUCCGAGACUACGUGCACAAGAAGUACCACGUGGAGGGUGCGGAGGCGGACGCCCUGAUCGCGAGGCAGAGGCCCGACCUGGAGAAGGAGGUGGCGUCGUCUCUGCACGAGAAGCUGCCGUGGUUCCACGGCUCCAUCUCCCGCAAGACGUCCGAGGAGCGACUCUUGUCGCAGCGCCAAGUGCCCAACGGCCGCUUCCUGAUCCGCCAGCGGAACACGGGGGGCUCGUUCGCCAUCAGCCUGGUGUUCAAGAAGAAGGUGUUCCACUACGUGGUGGACACCGACAAGUCCACUAAGUUGUCCAUCCCCGAGGGCCGCAAGUUUGACGCCCUGUGGCAGAUGGUGGAGCAUUACAGUAUGAAGGAGGAUGGACUCAUGUGCGCGCUCGGGGAGGCGUGCAUCUGCCCGGAGUACGUGGAUCUGUAUGGAAACUACGUGGAUCAGGCGAGAACUCACGAACCCACGCGCAAGAAUUGGUUUUCUUCAUCCUUCCCCAGCGCCCUGCGGCUGAAAAACCUCAUCCCGGCCAUCACCAAUGGAUUCUCCAGUCCGGAGCCGCCCAUCGAGAACCCAGGCCCGGUCCAGAAUAACGUGUACUACUCGAAGCCGCCGCUGCCCGGAGCUGCGGUGAGCGACGCGGAAGGGGAGGGUGUGUACAGCGACCUCAGCGACCUCCGCUGCAUCUUCCUCAACCGCAACCUCCUGCAGCUGCAGCACAACACGGAGCUGGGCUCGGGAAACUUCGGCACCGUGCAGAAGGGGACCUACACCUUGGCGGGGAAGGAGGUGCAGGUGGCCGUGAAGGUCCUCAAGCCCGUGGAGAACCAGGAGAUGCUGAAGAAAGACCUGAUGAAGGAGGCGGAGCUGAUGCACCAGCUGGACCACCCGUUCAUCGUGAAGAUGUUCGGGGUGUGCGAGGGAGAGGCGCUCAUGCUCGUCAUGGAGAUGGCCCCACUUGGGGCCCUCAACAAGUACCUCCGCGAGCACCGGUACAGCGGCACGAUGCCGGUGGAAAACAUCCUGGAGCUGAUGCACCAGGUGUCGGCCGGCAUGAAGUACCUGGAGGAGCGCAACUUCGUGCACCGCGACCUGGCGGCGCGCAACGUGCUGCUGGUGAACGAGCGCUACGCCAAGAUCAGCGACUUCGGCCUCUCCAAGGCCCUCGCCAACGACGAGUACUACAAGGCAUCGAAUGUGGGCCGCUGGCCCAUAAAGUGGUACGCGCCCGAGUGCAUAAACUACCGGCGCUUCACCAGCAAGGGCGACGUGUGGAGCUUCGGGGUGACCAUGUGGGAGGCCUUCUCCUUUGGCAGCAAGCCCUACCCGAAGAUGAAAGGCCACGAGGUGCUGGUGUUCCUCGAGAGCGGGAUGCGUCUGGACAAACCGGAACAUUGCCCAGACCCCGUCUACCAAAUCAUGCUCGCGGCCUGGAACCUGAGUCCGGACGCGAGGCCGAUGUUUCAGGAGAUCGACAUGCAGCUGGAGUCUCUGAAGAAUGAGACGCUGAACCUCGGCCAGGACACCCUGCCGCCCAAAAUGCCGUCACGGAGAAGCACCGCCAGGCCAUGAGGGGGGCCGCAGAGGGGGCUCUCUUCAUGCAGGCCUCACUCUCCUGCCCAUCGCAGGCCUCGCCCACGCAGCCUCUACCCACGUAGGCCUCACUCUUCCCCGCAUGCAGCCUUCGUCCCACAGAGAAUCGUCGUGUGCAAAGCUUCUUCCUUCUUUACAGGCCUCAUGCAUACACAGAGGCAUCUACUCACAUGCAAUCUUCACCCACGCACAUUUAAUCUAUCCUCUCCAUGCAGGCCUCACCCAGAGUCUCUUAUUUUAAUGCAAGGCCUCAUUCAUACAGCGAGGCCUCUACUCCAUUCAGACAAACCAGGCAUCUACUCCACCACAGGCCAUGCCACACACUCUCCUUCUCAUGCAGGCCUCGCCCGCACCGAUAUAACUUCUUCUAUGCAUGCUGAUUGCACUCACAGACAACCUUAUCAUUGAUAAUCGUCAUUCAUCAUCAUUGAUAGAAUGACCCUGGUCAUGGGAAUGUGGAAUUUCCACCACAGUUGCAUUGGCUUGAAUGGACAGGGAGAAGCUUUUACUUGUAUGUAUGUUGACCUUCUUCCGCACCGUACGUAGCCGGCCGUGCUAAUCUUUUUACUUGUAAAGUACAAGAUGCACGGAUAUAUUUAAAUGUCCACGUGUGUGUGUGUAAGUGCAGAGGGGAGCGGUAGUGUAGCAGUUAGCGUGCUGCGCUAUGAACCCUGCGACCCGAGUUCGAUUCCUGCUCACAGUCAACACCACUGACGAUUAUCUGAACCGGUCCUGGGCUUCCCCUAGGUCGACUCAGCCUCAAAUGAGUACCUGGUGCGGUGUUUAAAAACAUCGCCACUGGGGAGACAAAGGUGGUCGGGCGUGGUGUUGGCCACCCACCCCCUCGUGUACUGUGCCGGCCUUCAUAGGUGCUCGCUAACAGCACUUGCCCCAACGGUCUGUUAAGGCUAUACGGGGGAUCUUUGUUUGUUUGUGUAAGUGCGGAGGAGGCUCGUGAAGGACGCUACUGGGCAGUUGGAGGCAGUCGCCCUUCAACAACAACUGAGGACAGAGGAGCGACGCUCACAACAAUGAACGGAGCGCCGGGCGGGUAAAAUUAUGAAAGUUGGCAUUGCAGGGGGUGCAGCUGGUAUUGCAUCUACCGGUCAUCUCAGUUAGCUAACCCAUAACACCUGCUGGGUCUGUCCCGAAACCUCCUCCUGUCAGCGAGCCUUCGACACUUCACGUGGCUUCAAAGUGCACCUAGCCUGGCACAGGCGCUUUGGUGACGUCACCGUCACGGAGUGGCGAAUGGCGGAGCUUGGUAUUGGUGUUGUUAAAGGCUUGAACAUGCUAGAUCGUAAUAUUCAUGCUUCUACUGAUGUGUUCACAAGUUUGUCCGUUGUUUCGCAUAUAACUCAGUAACCAACAGCAGCAUAAUCGGGUGGCUGUGUGUUUGUGACCAGAUCUGUAUAAUUUUAUUGAUAUUGGGCACAAGUGUUGGGUGUCUCUCACUUUCCGGAUCAUGCAACGAUCCGGAGAAUAUAGUAACUGGGGGGGAGGGGGGAGAUUCAAAACUGUAAACUUUUUGGGGAAACCCAAAAUCUGGGGAUAAUUCUUUAACUUUGCUAUUUGAACACAGGCCUACAAACGCUGGUAUGCUGACUUUUUAAGAUAAUGCUUUAUUCAAAUAUGGCGUUAAGAUUGUAAAACCAUGAAGCUGACAUUCCUGGUUUUUUUACCUCCCUGGACUGGGGGCUAAGUUUGAUUCUGCUGCUGUUGCACUCGUUUGUAUUUGUAUCCAGUGCCUAUGCCCGUUGGCACCCGGCAGUUUUGUACGGCGGUGAAAUGUAACGCAGCCCGUCGCUUAUCCGCCCCGACCAAUUAAUCGCCCACACGCAGUGCGGGACUGGUACACGGCUUAAUUUCCUGUCAUUUGCUCCAGAUGUUAACGAAUCCGAGUUAGUCACACGCAGCAUUAGUGAGCUCCUGACCGCGCGAACGUUGGCUGGAGAGUCCGGCGAAGCGUUGCCCUGCGGCGUUCAUUCUGCUUUCUCUCCAUCCCUGUCGGUAACGGUGUAACGGCUGUCAUCCUCCGUAGAUUCUCACUUAUCCCACCAAUUUACGUAUCCGCCUAGACCUAGGAUACUUGCAAGGCGGUAGUGGUGUUGUACUGUACAAUGCUAUGUUUUCUAUACUUUUCGGAUAAGUGUGACUUUUAAGCUGAUAGCCAUUGUUGGUUGUUUUAUACACACAAAUGUAUAACAUGGGGUGGAGCGGUGGUGUAGCGGUGAGCACACUGCGCUAUGAACCUGGAAACCUAAGUUCGAUUCCAAACUUCGGCUAACAUCAGCAGCGGGUGAUAUCUGAACCGAUCUUUGCCUUCUGUCACCUUCACCAAUCUGCACCGACCAGCGAGGUAAAGUAUGACAAAAUAGCCCCCAAGACUGGCAUGGCGUUUGAAAGGCCUUAAUCUAGCACUGGACUAUUCUUUCUUCAUUCAGCCAUGUUGUUGUAUCCUGUCCUUUACAUUGGAAUCUCCAACACAGCAUGAGAGCUGUAAAUAGGCAAAAAUUGCCUGCCAAAGAUAAAUUUAAGCAGGAAAACAUUGACACGUUGUAACUUCCUAAAUGGCAGAGUGGUGUCACUUGCAACUGACACUCUUCUCAGCCUUAUCCAGACAACAAACUGAAUGCGGGGCCAUUUUGUCGUCAAAGAAACACAAUCGCAAACAGUUGAGAAUUGGUGGUCCAAAAGACAACGUGGCCACUCGUUCACUUCUGAGCUAGUGAUCUGGACAAAGCUGAGAGUGAGAAUGCGAUGCUGCACACCUCCACGUGUCGUUCACGCCAUUCCCCCUUAUUCUCGUCAUUUAGAGAUUUGAACUGAAAGGCUUGCAUGUGACUUGGUUUUGGAAUCAAACUUUGACAGUGUUUGGGUUUGAGACGGGUUACCUUUAAGUAUUUAAGACCGCAAAUACGUGUUUGUUUUUUGUUUUUAUUCAUCUUAGCAGUUUUUUUUGUACAACUGCAAAUGUUACUCGUUAAAAAUAUAACUUUUCAAAUAAGCACAUACAAUAAAAAAAAGUGAAGUUUCA